AUGGUCAAGAUCAAAGGCACUGCCAAACUUCUUCCACCUGACGAGGACAUAGAAGUUCUGAUUACGUCUCAAUUCGCUGACUACCUGUCACCGGAAGUUCGCGCAGUUACCGUUGACGACGAUGGACUUCUCACUGGAAUCUCUACCGAUCCAAAAGAAUAUGAUGCCAUUUGCCGUGUAAUACAGUACUCCAAACUUCGAGAACUGGAUCGGCUUGGACCAGGCGUUGACCUCUCAUCAUACAAAGACGAAUCGGGGGUUCUGCAAAAAGUUGCUUUUAAGUUCAACCCCAUUGCAAAGGUUCGGAGACUGCGAAUGGCCUGGGAUGAAAUAAAUCUCCUCAAAAGCCUGCCUCCACAUCCAAAUAUCGUACCGUUUGAUCGGGUCGUCCUUGAAGACGUGGAGUCUCGAGUCAUUGGGUUCACAACGAAGUACAUUCCUGGCGGAACCCUCGAAAAUACCGAGGUGCCUUUACAAUUUGAGUGGAUGAAACAACUCACUGAACUGGUGGAUUUCCUAAACCUGGAACUGGGCAUCAUGCAUCAGAACAUUGCACCCCGAAAUCUGCUUAUUGAUCCCGACACGAACAAGCUCUCUCUCUUCGACUUUAAUUGGGCUGCAUGCGGAAAGAAAUGCUUGAUGGAUGGUCGAGACGACGUGACUGGGUCGUUUUUAUCACUAUACGAGCUCAUCACGAACGAUACACAUUUCACGCGCAUCCCUCACUGGGAACGCAAUAUGGACAUGGUGCAGGGUAUCCCAGAAUGGCCUUGUAAUCGUGAACUGGACUCUGAUGUAUCGACAUUCCGGAAUUUUGUGAACGAAUGGGUAGCAACACGAAAAUCCAGUGGGGAUAUGGAACGAUACCUCAAUGCACCCAGCCAACUUACUUGGCCGAACCAGCCAACCCCGCCUGACUACAGUAUGCCCAUUGAGUACGGCAAGACUUUGGAUGGAGAGACAGUCUGCAAAACUGGCCUGCGGUCGAAAUUAACUGCAGUGGAGAAGGGCCAGUAUGUUUUUCACUGGGAGAGGGAGGCCACCCCAGAGCAGGUUAUUGAAGAAGGCUGA